UAUGUCUAGGUUUUUCCCACCAGACUGCUGAACAAAGCUGAACUUCUUAGCAUCAUGGACCAUGUCAUGAAGCUUGACGAUCAGUCCAGUAGGUACACGAAAGGGCGCAGAAACCAUCUCAAAGCCUGUUCCAAUGCUGAGGUGGACGACGUCUCUUCAUUCCAGCCUUUUGGGAAUCCCCGUGGCCCUGCUCCUGUAGAUGGAUAUUUACAGGUGACCCAGAUUGACAUGCUGAUGAGAAAUAACAAGGCUAACCACAAAACCGUUCUAUAUUCCAACCCACUUCUCAUCGUGCGCAGGGGCCAGGAGUUCUCAGUACAAAUUUCAUUUAAUCGAGCCUACAAACCUGGAUCAGACAGGUUCCAGCUGGAAUUUCGCAUUGGUGGUAGUCCUCAAAUUGACCAAAAUACAACAAUCAUCGUGUCCCCGAACCCGGGUGAGAAUACAUCAUGGCAGGGGAGGCUGUUGCAAAGUCCGAGCAGGACUAUCUUGAUGGGCAUCACCCCAGCAGCAGCAUGCAUUGUGGGAAAAUACCGCAUGUAUGUGGUGGUCAUCACUCCUGCAGGCCUUGUGAGGGACAUGAUCACGUCCCAAGAGCUGUACAUUCUGUUCAAUCCCUGGGCUGCCGACGACACUGUGUUCAUGUCCAAUGAGAGUGAGCUAAGUGAGUACAUUCUGAAUCAAACAGGGAUCAUAUACAAUGGAGAUAAUAACACCCCAAUCCCCAGACCAUGGAAUUUUGGCCAGUUUGAGAGUGGCAUUCUGGAUGCCUGUCUCCUGGUCAUGGAUGAUGCCACCAUUCCCCUGAGUAGUAGAGGCGAUCCAGUCAUCGUUUCCCGACAGGCAUCUGCCAGGUUGAAUUCCACUGACAACAUUAAUGGGGUACUGGUGGGAAACUGGAGCGACAAUUUCUCUGAUGGUUACGCACCCACCUCAUGGACAGGCAGCGUCAAAAUCCUGAGAAGCUACGCCCAAGGAAGGAAACCAGUGCGUUACGGGCAGUGCUGGGUGUUUGCCGGAAUCUUCAACACCUUUCUCCGGUGUGUAGGAAUUCCAUCACGGGUCAUCACUAACUUCAACUCUGCCCACGACCACGGUGGAAGCUUGAUCACGCACAUAUAUGUUAACCAGAAUGGGGAAACUGACAAAGUCCGUACUACAGACAGCAUUUGGAACUUCCACUGCUGGAAUGAAGCCUACAUGACCAGACCAGACCUCCCUGUGGGUUUUGGCGGCUGGCAGGCAGUCGACUGCACCCCCCAGGAGACCAGUGAUGGCAUGUACAGAUGUGGUCCUGUCUCUAUCAGUGCCAACAAGCGAGGCAUAAUCUGUUAUUCCUAUGAUGCACCAUUUGUGUUUUCGGAGGUGGAAAGUGAAGUCGUAGUUAUCGAGGAGGAGCCGAAUGGAGAUGACAAAGUACUGCAAGUGAACCAAUCAUAUGUGGGAAGUCUCAUUCUGACCAAAGAGAUAGGCCAGGAUACCUUGAUGGAUAUUACCUACACGUACAAAUAUCCUCCAGGAAGCACAGAACAGCAGAUGGCUAUGGCUACUGCUCAGAAUUACGGUUCAGCCAGCAACCGAUCAGCUUUACCCAAGGAGGAUGUGGAGAUAAAGGUCCUAGCGGAGAACACAAUGAUCGGCAAGGAUUUCAAACUGAACAUUCAGUUCAAGAACUUGGGUAGAUCCGUGCACAACAUUGAUGCUGUAGUCGCUGGCAACGUCAUUUACUACACUGGUGUCUUGGGGCCCAAAAUAAGUGACAGUGCUUUCAGUGUGAAUUUGGAGCCUUUAAAAACUGUAGUAAAAUAUGUGGAAGUCAAUGCCAAAGACUACAUGAGCAAGCUUCUGGAUCAGGGCAACCUGAGUUUCUUUGUCAGGGCGAAAAUCAAAGAAAUGGGACAAGUCAUCAGCACCCAAAGCGUGGUGACCCUGCAAGGGCCCAAACUCACGAUUGAGGUAACUGGCAACCUGAAAGUCAAACAGAAGAUGUAUUUUACAGUGAAAUUCACCAACACUCUGAAGUAUGACCUGACGAAGAUCACUGUAACAAUGGAAGGGGCAGUUGUCUUUGCAUCCAAAACAAAAGAAUACAGCCACAUUGCCUCAAUGUCCUCCAUCACCUGGACUGAGUCCUUCACCCCAACUAACGAGGGUCCGAACACCUUGAUUGCCUGUCUGGACUGUGCCUUGCUCAGGCAGGUGCACGGCUGGGUGAAUUUUACCAUCCAACCUUAAGAAAGGGGUCUCCUUCCAUGGAACCACGACCUGUCAGCUGUGUUUAUUCCUUUAGCUUAUUGCUUAUUCUUGUAACGAUUACAUUUCAUUUUAUGACUGGCUCCUCCCCCCUCCUAUCUCUUGUUGCCUAGAGCAGGGAGGAAAAGAGAAUAGAGAAACCUCAGUAAAGGAAAAUGGCAGAACAAAAUUGUAAUUUUUUUAAGGAAAUUCAGUGGAAAACAUAAUGGAAAUGUAACGAGACCCUAACCCAAUUUUUGGAAACAAGCGGCACAUAUCAGUUUAUGAUAAGGCUGACUAAUGAUGUAUCACUUCAAUCUCCAUUAAAUGAGCAAGUUCCUAUUGUCGAAACAUACGAAUGUUGAAUUAUGGCUAAAAGACCUUGUUAUGUCUCAGGCAACCACU